CGACUGAGCAAGGUGGCUUACUACCGGUAGGUGGCCUUUGACGCCACGGAGGGGGAGAGCUGAAGCGAAAAGGAGAGCAAGCUUCGAACACGGGAGUGUUAAACGACAGAGCGUGCGAGACAUUCAGGUGUAAGCAUGGCGUCGGCAAGCGGCUCACUAGGCGAGCAAGAGGAUCCUAAGGACGUUGGAGGAGGAGAGGAGCAGAAGCUUCCCGAGUUGAAGUUAGAUGCACGUCAAGCGCAAGGAUUUAUCAGCUUCUUCAACAAACUCCCUCCGGGUCCAGAGAUCGUACGCUUUUUUGACAGAAGGGACUAUUUUACGGUACAUGGCGACAAUGCAACGCUGGUUGCACGGACCUACUAUAAGACAAUGACCUGUCUUCGGCAGCUUGGGAAUCCUCCAGAUACCUUGAUGGGAGUAAGUGUGAGCCGUAGCAUGUUCGAGACGAUUAUUCGGGACCUCCUUCUUCAGAGGACAGAUCACAUCGUUGAGGUUUACGAAGGGUCCGGUUCAAACUGGCGGUUAGUGAAGACGGGAACUCCAGGCAACCUCCGAAGUUUUGAAGAUGUCCUCUUUAGCAGCAAUGAAAUGGAAGAUACACCGGUCUUGAUGGCUCUGUACCCUACGAUGGAGAGGGAUGAGAUCUUGCUAGGAGUGGCGUUUGAAAUGCUAUCCAAUGACUCAGCGUAUGGCAAAUAUACACUUCAGCAAUACAAACUUGACACAUAUAUGCGCCUCGAUGCAGCGGCUUUACAAGCCCUUAAUGUCUUUGAGAGCAGGAUGGAUCUGAACAAGAAUUUCAGUGUAGCAGGGUUGAUGAACAGAACUUGCACUGCGGGUAUGGGGAAACGGUUACUGAACCGUUGGCUCAAGCAGCCUCUACUGGAUAUUGAUGAGAUAAAUCAACGACUUGACAUUGUUCAGACGUUUGUGGAGAGGGUGGAUCUUCGUCAGGACGUGCAAAAGCAACUAAAAAGGAUCCCCGACUUGGAACGCCUAUUACGGAAGGUAGAGAGACGGAAAGCGACUCUUUUCGACAUAGUCAAGCUAUUUCAGGUGAGCAUGAGGCUACCAUUUAUAAAAGAGGCGCUGGCCCAGUAUGACGGGGAAUCUGCAUCUGUACUCAAAGAGAAGUACAUAAAUGACAUGGAGGAGUGGACGGGUCCGGAUCAUCUCGGCAAAUUUGAUGGGCUGGUCGAAGCGGCCAUAGACUUGGAUCACGUCAAUGAGGGGGAAUAUGUGAUAGACCCUGAGUAUGACCCAGCCUUAGGUGAGUUACGAGCAGAGCGAAACAAGGUGGAGGAGCAGAUAACAAAAGUCUACAAGCAGGCCAUUUCUGACCUGGAUUUGACAGACAAGACUUUGAAGCUGGAUAAGGCAGCACAGCUUGGACAUGUCUUCCGCAUAACAAAGAAGGAAGAACCACGUGUCAGGAAAAAGCUCAAUAUGCAAUACGUCACUCUGGAAACACGAAAGGAUGGCAUCAAGUUCACCAAUGCGAAUCUUCGCAAGCUAAGUGAGCAGUUUCAGAAAUUGACCGAUGAGUAUGAAGACAGACAGAGAGAGCUUGUAGAGAAGGUCGUUGAGGUUGCGGCAACGUUUUUAGAGAUUUUUGAAGGAGUUGCAAAUCUGCUGGCGGAAUUAGAUGUUCUCUUGGGCUUUGCAGAUCUUUCGGUCAGCGCUCCCACUGUCUACGUUCGGCCGUCUAUCACAUCCUCCAGCGAAGGGGAUAUUAUUCUCGAAGGUUCCCGGCAUCCUUGCGUGGAAGUGCAGGAAGAUGUGUCCUUCAUCCCAAACGACUGCCGACUGGUUAGAGGAAAAAGUUGGUUUCAAAUUAUUACUGGACCAAACAUGGGCGGGAAAUCGACUUUUAUCCGUCAGGUCGGCGUCGUCGUGCUCAUGGCUCAAGUUGGAUGCUUUGUGCCUUGCGAUCGCGCAGAGAUAAGCGUCAGAGACUCCAUCUUUGCCCGUGUUGGUGCCGGCGAUUGCCAGGUAUGAUUUUGUUUUGCUGCAGUUGAAUGAGUGCGAGUAAUGAAAAGUAAUGUUUUUU